AUGAAGAAUACUCCGAGUCUUGCUUUGACGACGUCCGACUCAGCGGACACUACUGAUCCGAAUGCAUCAUUGUUAUCGACGCCCGAGCAUUCACAGAAUUCUAAACAAAAAUCGGACGAUCUUCUACAAUCAAUUGGCUUUCGUUCUAUGAUUAUUUUUCAAAUACUAGCAUAUGGAUCGUAUUCUAUAUUAGUGCAUCUCUGCGAAAAAGAUGGCGCUGUGGCUUUUUCAUCAACAACGAUGAAUUUCGUUCUCGAAUUUACUAAAUUAAUAUUUUCAUUUUCUGCUUUAUUCUAUUUUUCAUCGGUUAACGUUGAUGUUUCUCUAAGUAGAAAGCAAAUUAGAUCAUGGUUGAAACAAUCACUACCUUAUUCAAUACCGGGAAUACUCUAUUUUAUUAAUAAUAAUCUAGCUGUACAUAUGCAAGUUCAGAUGGACCCAGCAUCUUAUCAAAUUUUAUCGAAUUUCAAAAUAUUAACCACAGCUAUUCUAUACCGAAUAAUAAUCAAGCAAAAGUUGACAAGAAGAAAAUGGUUUGCACUAUCACUAUUGUUUUUUGGUGGACUUGCAUAUAGUAUAGGUACGUUGAAAAAUUCAUCGUAUGUUUCGAAAAAAGUCACAACAACAUCUAUUAUCAUGCCCGAAAUGUAUAUUCGUCCAUUGGGUGUACCCAUGAUUGCUGUUUACUGUAUAUUUAGCGGUCUUGCAGGAGUAUAUAAUGAAUGGAUUCUAAAAAAACACUAUACUGAAUCACUUCAUCUCCAAAAUAUUUUUCUCUAUACUUAUGGAACUCUUCUGAAUUUAUUUCCAGCUGUUGCUUCUGCAGUGGCUAAAUCCGGAAGUGGACAUAUAUUUAAUCCAUUCGAUGGUUUUUCAUUUUACACUUGGCUAAUUGUGUUAACACAAGCAUUGAAUGGUUUAUUUAUGUCUGUUGUAAUAAAACAUUCAUCUAAUAUAAUUCGUUUAUUUGUUAUUUCGUUUUCUUUAAUAGUUACUUCAUUUCUUUCGUGGUUCAUUUUUCAUAUUACGUUUAAUAUGUAUUUCUAUGUUUCAUUUCUAACGAUGGGAUGUGCGCUUUCACUUUAUUAUUCGAAUUGA